CGCUGCAGACUAGUCGGAGCGGCUGGUCUCUUCCGCCACCGCCUCCUGGGAGUUUGGCCCUUGUCCCAGCCCCGGCCCCUAACGUCCGUGCGGUGCUUCUGAGUGGCCGCUGAGCGCGCGCGUUCACAACCCACGAGGACUUGCGAGCUCCGCCGCUGUGAUGAACAUCCGCAAUGCUAGGCCCGAGGACCUGAUGAACAUGCAGCACUGCAACCUGCUCUGCCUGCCGGAGAACUACCAGAUGAAGUACUACUUCUACCACGGCCUGUCGUGGCCCCAGCUCUCUUACAUCGCUGAGGAUGAGAAUGGGAAGAUUGUGGGGUAUGUCUUGGCCAAAAUGGAAGAGGAUCCAGAUGAUGUACCCCAUGGACAUAUCACCUCACUGGUUCUACUCUACCCAUUCUUCUCUCAGGCUGUGAAGCGUUCCCACCGGCGCCUUGGCCUUGCUCAGAAGCUGAUGGACCAGGCCUCUCGAGCCAUGAUAGAGAACUUCAACGCCAAAUAUGUCUCCCUGCAUGUCAGAAAGAGUAACCGGGCUGCCCUGCAUCUCUAUUCCAACACUCUCAACUUUCAGAUCAGUGAAGUGGAGCCCAAAUACUAUGCAGAUGGGGAAGAUGCAUAUGCAAUGAAGCGGGACCUUACACAGAUGGCUGAUGAGCCAGCCCCAGGGCCUGGCUCUUGUCUCCUGUCUGGAGACUUAGGCCCUGUCUCUUUCCACCCGCUUCCCUCUGGGCUCCCGGCGGCAGCUGAGACGGCACCUGGAGCUGAAGGAAAAGGGCAGGCACAUGGUGCUGGCGGCCAUGGAGAACAAGGCGGAGAGCAAAGGCAACAUGCUUCUGAGCUCGGGAGAGGCCUGUCGUGAGAAGGGCCUGGCUGCUGAGGAUAGUGGUGGGGACAGCAAGGACCUCAGCGAGGUCAGUGAGACCACAGAGAGCACAGAUGUCAAAGACAGCUCAGAGGCCUCUGACUCUGCCUCCUAGACCCUGCCCCACCUGGUUCAAGCCUCACCCCGUAUGCUUUUACAAUAAAUGUCACCCUGUGGCCUUGGGGAAUUUGUGAA